AUCGAGUCCCGUUCCGUUAACCAUCUACAGAAGCUCAACUCCGGCCUUGAAAAUAAGAUCAUAGAUCUGCAAAUGAAGCUUGACACAGUGACAUCAGAUCGCAACCGGCUAGCUGCAGCUGAAGUUCAGCUUCAAAGAAUACGUGCCGAACUGAUUUCUGCAGAAGCAGAGAAGCGAGAACUCAAAACGAAGUCCGAGAAGGUGGAAGAACUUGCAUUGGAAGUUGAACGUUUGGAGACCGAAUGCGAUGUGAAAGAGGCGCAGAAAUGUGAACUCGAGACACGAAUUAAAGAGCAGACCUGCCGGCAAGAGCAACUGCAAACGGAAUUUUCUGCGAAAACUGCAGAGCUCACUGAUCGCCUGGAUUCUUCGGUUUCUAGAGCUGCAGAGCUUGAAGCUGAGUUAAAGAAAACGCAGGCUGCACUGGCUCAUGGCCUUAAUUAA